AUGCAUGCUACAGGUUCCGUCUCUGUCCACGCACUCUCAGCUGGUUACCUGACUUUGCCGGAACGAUUCUUCGUCACUCCAAUCGACGACCCUUCGGCUCGAAAGACAGUACCCUCACUCUCCUUUUUGAUUCAGCACACAAACCUCGAGACCCAAAAGACAACGCGAAUAGUCUUCGACCUUGGCAUCCGGCGACAGCUCGACCGCUAUCCGAAGCCCAUUUACAAGCAUGCAAUGACACGCCAGCCGCUCUCCGGCGAGCCCGACACUCUGGAGUCACUCGCAUCUGGUGGGCUUACGCCCGACGAUGUCGAUAUGGUUAUUUUCAGUCACCUUCACUGGGACCAUGUCGGCACGCCGUCGGACUAUCCUAAAUCAACUUACAUUGUUGGCCCAGGCGCCCUUGAUCUGAUCGAUGGUGGGAAGCAGAGCGGCGUCGGGAGUCACAACCAUUUUGAAAUAGGAAUGCUAGAUCUAAAGAGAAGCAUUGAGCUCCCCCCGACUGGUCUACCAAGCACACCGCCACCUUAUGAGGAUGCCAAUUGCCUUGCGCCUCAGACUCAGAAGCUCGUUCACUUUUUCGCCAAGCCGUGGCACCGAAAGGGCCAUUUUGAGGCAGCAAUGGACAUAUUCAACGACGGGAGUGUAUAUAUAGUCUCUGCUCCCGGCCAUCUUGACGGACAUAUUAAUCUUCUCUGCCGCCUUGAUAACGAGAGGCAUGUCUACCUUGCUGGCGAUGCGAGUCAUGAUAAACGGAUUUUUACUGGCGAGAAGGGCAUUGCGACGUGGAUCGACGACGCGUACCCUGGUGCGAUCUGUUGCAUCCAUAAGGAUAAAAUCCAGGCGGAAAAGACAAUUUCUGCCAUUCGGGAAACCGUUGAGAACCCAGGCGAUUUGGUCAAUGUCGAGGUUAUCUUUGCUCAUGAUGGCGUGUGGGCGACAGAAGCGAGAAAGCGAGGCAGGUAUUUCCCUGGUCGCCUUUAG